CUAGUUUCCGGAACGCAACGGCGUCCGGUCAUGAAAUGUCUCCCCUUAAGCUAGAGGGAAGUCCAGUGCAUGUCUGCAGCCUGUUUUUGCGCGCGAUGCUACGUCGCAUUGUUUAAUUGAAGUUUUUGGCAUUACUCUGUUGAAUUGGGGUUAUAAAUGGAUUCCAGGGAUUCUGAAGAUAAGCCCUCUGGUCCCGUGACGCGAUCGAAAAAACUGUCGUCUGUUAAAGGACUGAGUUUUGAGGCAACUCCCAGGGAGCCUAUAAGGAAGCCCAAAAGGAAAUCAGAAAAUCAAGCUACUGCUACCACAGUUAAUGGUACCGAAGAUGGGGACACUGUCUCUGAAAAUGGAGAGUCCCCGAGCAAGAAGAGCCGGCUGGAUGCUGAAGGAGCAGUGGGUGGCAAGGGGGAUGAAAUUGAGAUGGAUGUUGACGAAUCAGCUGGAGACGCACAGAAAAAUGAAGACCAAGGGAUGGGUAUUAAACCGGUUAAAGUCACUGAUCUACAAAACAUCUACAAAGGUCCUCUCGGAACUGUGAAUUUAUCUCCCCGUGUAGAGCUUGGUGAGCGCUGGAGACCCAGUUCUGCCGUAAACCAGGAUCCAGACUGGAUGAAAUCCAAGAAAGCAUCACCAGCAGCUAAAGCACCUGCAGCCCCCACCAAGUCCGCCACGCACAUCAGUUCACCAGUGAACAGGCAUGACGUGCUGACGCACAAGCAGUCCAGCAUGGCAGACUACAGGAGGAAGAUGGAGGUCAAAGCUGAGAGCGCCGCCUCAUCUUUAGAUAUAUCCAAAGUUAACCACCUUAGCCCAAGUGUGUAUCCACGACAGCGUGUGAAUAAUAUACCAGGGAGAGAGCCUGUUCUUCCCAAAAAAUCAGACAUACAGAAAACUGCUGCUACCAGCACGCGCCCUAGAAAUUCCUCUAGAGGAUUCACGUGGUGUAAGUGUGGUUUGGUUCUCGUGGUACUAUUCGUGUCUGCCACCUUGCUGUCAUACAAGAUCCCCCCUCUACUCCAAGGCAUGGCAAGUGGUGGAGGGCAUCCAUCCAGGGCUGUGAAGCCAGAAACGUUCACUGAUCACUUGUCCAUUCUUAAGACCCAGUUCCCCAGUCAGAGACACGAGUUGUGGAAAAUGAGCAAAAUCCACCUGGAGAAGCACCUUAAAACAGCACAUCCCACAGAGCCAGUCAGUAUGAUCUUCACUGCAGGCCAAAAGGCUGAGAGGACACUGCAGUGUCUAGCUAAGGGUCUGGCCUCCUCCUUCUCAUCUGCCUUCAAUACCUCUUUCCUCCACAUUGAUGGAAAAAGUAAAGCAGACCAGGACAGUGAUAAUGUGAAGUUAGACAUUGACAGACAGUUGCAAGCAGCGUUUGAGGGAGAAAAACCUGUGGCAAUCAUUCAUCGUUUGGAAGAGCUGCCACCAGGCUCCACCCUCAUUUUUUAUCGCUACUGCGACCACGAGAACGCUGCAUAUAAGCGGGUUUUCUUGUUGUUUACUGUGCUGCUGCCUCAAGAUGAGAUCCAGGAGGAAAAGAGUUUGAAGGAGGUGGAGGAGAUGGUGCAGGACUAUCUGAAGGAAAAGCUGGUGGAUUCCAACAACCAAGCUGCGUUUGAUAUCAUGAAUAACGACAAGUUUAGUGGUCUGUGGAGUCGCAUCUCCCAUCUAGUUCUGCCUGUGGUGUCUGAAGUGGAAGUAGAGAAGCAAGGUUGCUAAACAAAUCUGGGCCCGAGUCUUCUUUGCACUGUACAAGGAGCUAUGAAAAAGAAAUUAUGUGGAAGUAUAAUGUGUGCUGUGAUAGGUCAUAUAUGGACUUGAUUUAACACAGUUGAAAAUUGUAUCAUUGGCUUUUUCUCAGAGUUGAGAAUGCACUUAAAUUUGAAGUCAAACGCAUACAAUUUGGUUAAACUCCAUAAAAGAUUCAACACAAUUUUUACAUAUGCAUGCAUGUUAAAAAGGUUGCAGUGUUACACCCUCAUUCCACUUAACAAGUGUGACAACAUUCUUUUCUCAUGAGCGCGCAAUCGACAAAACAGACUGACCAACCUGUUUAGUUUGUUUUGUGUUCAAGUGUGCAUCAUUGCUUAGUACCUUUUUUAAGGAGUAUCCCAUCUUUUCAUUGUCAUCAUCUUAAUAUACUAAAAUGAUGUUUUGUUUCUGUGACUUUUUUGCAUUAUCAUAUUUUAUUUUUCUCUAAAGACAGCUGUAUCACUUCAUUUAAUUAUUACUUUUUUCUUUAUGCUGAAAGUGCUUGGUUUUGAUUUACAUAUCCGUCUUAUUAAGGAUUGGCUUUUAUUAAGAUGAAUAUUUUAUAUUCUUUGUUUUUCUAAAUGUAUAUAUUUGUGACAUGUUUUCUAGAUUGAUGUAUUUUUUUAUAGCUGUGUACAUAUAUGUAUUUGAUGUUAAAUGGUCUGUUCCACAUUGUGUGGAACUUCACAUUGUCAGGUUCUCACAGUGUGAUUUAUAAAAAAUAUUAAGCUUUUUUUUUGGAUUAAUAUUAAUCAGAUCAUCCCAACCUGUGCCUUAAACACAUAUAAAGAUUACACUGUAUUUAAUAAGUAUUAAAAAAUUCACCGUUCAGUCGUUUUUACUGGAGUUUGACAACAUCGGAACUGGUUUGUGCUCUUUUCUGUGAUACGUCUCAUUCCUCUUGUUAUGCAGAUUCAUUUUGUUUUGCUUAUAAA